CUACCGCCGGGGCCAACGAACUUUGCUUCUCCUUCCCGCAUGUUCUCUUCCUCCUCCUCCUGACCUCCUCCACUCGUCAUCCACCACUUGAGCCCUCCUCCUGCAGCUCCAGAUCUGGAAGGCCGGGGGGCAGUCGCGCGCUGGCAGAAGGGGAACGGCGCAAUUGAGCCGAAGCAGAGGAUUACAGGGCCGUUGAGGCGCAGGCCUCUGUGAGAAUUCGGGACAGAGGCAUCGCGUAGCUGUCAUUGCAGAAAGCUCGAGGAGAAGACACAAGACAUGGAUUGGUUGCCCGGGGAGCUUUGCCUCAAGAUCUUCCAGCUCCUGGAUCACCAGUCCCUCGCCUCCGCUCCCCAAGUUUGCAGGAAAUGGAGGGCGUUGACCUCCGACGAUGAGCUGUGGCGCAAGCUGUUCAGCGACAGGUGGGGAGCGGACGCCGCGGCGUUCUACGCGCCGGAGGGCUCCAAGUCCUGGAAGGACGUCUUCGUCGUGCAGGACCGGUGCGACCGCUUCGGACUGGGUGUCAGAAUCAUCAGGGAAGGGAAGGAAUACUACCUGAUCUACCAGGGCGAGAUCCAGAGGUACUUGGGCUCGCGCCAGGACACGGACGGUGAUGGCGGCAAGGACGCGCCGCGGCAGGGCGCUGAAGACGACGAGCAGCGGCAGAUAUCGAACCGGAUCCUGUUCUUCCUGGGGGAUCUGGAGGCAGCCUGUGCGGACGCUAAACGUGUCAAGGGGUGAAUGUGUUACCCUGUGCGGCUGCGCCCCUCUCCUGGAGCAAAUUGCCGCCUGUAUGUUGCAUAAUUGCAUAGCUCGUGCAUAGUGUGUUGUUCUGUACUACAUGCAUAGUGUUUCACCCUCAGUUUAUUUAUACAAAAUCAUGUGCUUACAUUCA